UUGCCGGGUUGCCUAGCCAGUAGCGCGGGUUCCAGAGGAAGCCGAAGCCGGUAACCCCCUUCCUCUCCACCGCCAGGCGUAGGGUUUAGGGAGGAAUGGCUGGAGGAGGGGGAGGAGGCGGGCGCGCCGACUCCUCGCCGGCGAUCAAGCCCAUAAGCAAGGCGGUAGUGCACCGCAUCUGCUCCGGCCAGGUCAUCUUCGACCUCUCCUCCGCCGUCAAGGAGCUCGUCGAGAACAGCCUCGACGCCGGCGCCACCUCCGUCGAGGUCAGCCUCAAGGCCUACGGCGAGGAGUGGUUCAAGGUCUCUGACAACGGCUGCGGCAUCUCGCCCGCCAACUUCCAGGCGCUUGCACUUAAGCACCACACGUCCAAGAUAUCGGAUUUCUCCGACCUCGGAUCCGUGGUCACAUUCGGAUUCCGGGGUGAAGCGCUGAGCUCGCUCUGCGCACUGGGGAAACUGACGGUUGAGACGAGGACCAAGGAUGAGCCCGUUGGAACGCAUUUGGAGUUUGAGCACUCAGGCGUGGUGGCCAACCAGAGGAAGAUCGCACGGCAGGUUGGAACCACAGUGACCGUCGAGAAGUUGUUCUCCACCUUGCCAGUCCGGAGCAAGGAGUUUAGCAGGAACAUUCGGAAAGAGUAUGGGAAAGUGAUCUCCCUGUUGAAUGCUUACGCCUUGAUUGCCAAAGGGGUCAGGUUACUUUGCACUAAUACUGUUGGAAAAAAUUCUAAAAUUGUGGUGCUUAGGACUCAAGGCAGCAGUUCAAUGAAAGACAAUGUCAUUACCAUAUUUGGUCUGAACACUUUCAAGUGUCUUGAGCCCUUUAGUGUUACCAUCUCAGAUGGCUGCCAAGUAGAAGGCUAUCUCUCAAAACCUGGACCUGGUACUGGUCGCAAUUCAGGAGAUAGACAAUUCUUCUAUGUGAAUGGUAGACCUAUCGAUAUGCCAAAGAUCACAAAAGUUGUCAAUGAGCUAUACAGAAGCUCAAAUGCAAAGCAAUAUCCUGUGGCUAUCCUGGAUUUCCGUAUUCCAACUACAUCCUAUGAUGUGAAUGUAGCACCUGACAAGAGAAAAAUUUUCUUCUCCUCUGAGAGUAUGAUUCUGCGGUCUUUACGGGAAGCUGUUGAAAAUCUGUACUCCCCUCAACAAUGCAGUUUCUCGAUCAAUCAUGUUGAAGAGCCUGAAAAAGAAGAGGAUACUGUUACUGAUGGCCAUAAUGAAGACACAAAUUUGAUAGCAGCAGACAAUGUUUCAUCUCCUGACAAUAGUGAUGACAGUGAAGAAACGGACAUUGAGGAUCAGAUUUCACCAGAGAACCAGAAAGAGCCUUCUUCAGCGACAAAGGUAGCAAUUGAAGCCACAUCUAGAGAUGUGAGGCCCCUGUCAGGAGGCACAGCUACCCAGGCUGAUAGAUCUGCUUGGCUUCCAUCCUUCUCAUAUGAGCAACCAAAAAGAUUGCCUAAAGAAGGAAAAUGUUAUGCAUCGGGAACAAAUCAUUUUAGAACAGGGCUUGCUGCAAAAUCUACCCAAUCAACUACUGUUCAAUCUUCUCUUAUGAACUUUGUAUCACUAAACAAGCGGAAGCACGAAGACGAUUGCAAUCUUAUUUCUGAAGCUCCAGUGCUGAGAAGAGGGAUAUGCAUAGAACAAGCGAGGGGAACAAGUUUAGAAGCAAACUUUGUAUCGCCAAACAAGCAGAACAACGUAGAUGAUUGCAGUCUUAAUUCUGAAGCUCCACUGCUGAGAAGAGGGGCAUGCUUAGAACAGGUGAGGAGAACAAGUUUAGAAGGAAACUUUGUUUCAUCAAAUAAGCAGAAGCACGAAGAUAAUUGCAGUGUUAUCUCUGAAACUCCAGUGUUGAGAAGAAGGGCAUGCUCAGAACAAGUGAGGAGAACAAGUUUAGAAGCAAAUUCACCAGCUGCAUUGAGAUCAAGCACAUUUAAUAUUUCUGAGUUCAAUUUGCCUCUGGAAACAAACUCUUUAAAACAUCAUUCUCCACAAUCAUUUGUAUCUGUGAGGGCAGAUGUUUCACCAAAGCAUUCAAAACCACCUAAUACUGUGACCCAUGGUGCAGAAGUAUCAAGUCCAUGUGAUGUUCACACUACAGAACCUGAUGUGGAUGUGCAGCAUGAUCGAUGCCUUCCAAUUUCUGGUGCUCCCAAUAAAUUUUCAGUAGUCGAACAUCAGAAUACAUUGAGCGAUAGUCCUUUGCUUGAUGCUCAUGAUUAUGAUGAAGGCGCUGCAGUAUGUUCUGCAUCUGUACAAUAUCCCAGUAUGCAAUUUACUGUUGCUGAGCUUAGGAGAAGAAGAAAGAAUGGUUUUAGGAUAUCCCAGCAUGCAAAUAAAGCAAAUUGUCUUGAGAAAGCUACAAGGUGCUAUAAAGCCGCAACACUGGAUAUUUAUGUACCCUCAGGUGACGAGGCAAAAUCUAAUUCAUUAGCUGCAGCCACCAAUGAAUUGGACAGGCUUUUCAGUAAAGAAGAUUUUGGAGAAAUGGAGGUUGUUGGGCAAUUUAAUCUUGGUUUUAUCAUUGGAAAGCUUAACCAGGAUCUGUUUAUUGUAGAUCAGCAUGCUGCUGAUGAGAAGUACAACUUUGAGGGCCUAUCACAAUCAACAACUUUGAACAUACAGCCUCUUCUCCAGCCACUGAGGCUUGAUCUAUCGCCAGAGGAAGAAGUAGUUGUUUCUAUGAACAUGAGCACUAUCAGAAAAAAUGGUUUUGUCUUGGAAGAAGAUUUGCAUGCUUCCCCUGGUAACCAUUAUCUUUUGAAAGCUGUGCCUUUCAGUAAAAAUAUUACAUUUGGUGUUCAAGAUGUAAAGGAGUUGAUCUCCAUGCUUGCUGAUAGUCAAGGAGAUUGUUCAAUAAUCAGUAGCUACAAGCUCGAUAAAACUGAUUCUGUUUGCCCAUCGAGGGUUCGUGCUAUGUUGGCUUCGAGGGCUUGCCGAAUGUCUACUAUGAUCGGUGAUCCACUAACAAAAGCCGAGAUGAGAAAGAUACUUAAAAACCUAACAGGAUUAAGGUCCCCUUGGAAUUGUCCACAUGGGAGGCCAACAAUGCGUCACCUGGCUGAUCUGCAUGCUAUAAGAAACAAAGAUUCUGCAGGAGCAGAUGUGGCGUUGUGAUGGCACCCGAGCUGAUUGGCGGAUUAAGUUGGGGCUUGUGCUGUUCCAUUUUCGCUACUCAUCUCCCAUGUGUUGGAAGAACGUUUCUAUCUGGGGCUACUAUAUUUAGCCUAUAAAUUAUGGCCUGCGCAUAUAUGCGCCGCUUGUAAAUUAUGAUGCAAGUCCUUUGCCUGCGGACGGUGGUAAUCUAUGGCGCUAGUUCUUUAUUUUGUAUCCAAGGGCGUACAUACAUAUGGCAUUUCUUUUCGCAAAGAGAAGCUUGCGAAUUGGCGA